AGUUGAAAGACAGUGAGAGAUCGGCGCAGCAGCACACCUGCUCACACAAUGGAUGGGGUGCAGGCGAGGCCACGAAGUCCCGGCGGAUGAAGGGGGCAAAGCGGGGGAAGGAGGGGUGGGGGAUGCGAUCGAGGCGCGUGAGGAGAGAGGGAGCCGAGCAAACGAAGGAGGGGAGGAAAGCAGGGUUGCCCAACAAGCGCAGGAAAUUGCGGGGAAAGGCGCAGAGAGAAGAGAGCGACGUGCCUCGAGCGGACCGCCUGCGGGUGUGAAGAAGAGCCUGGGCAGUCGCGGUCAAACACCCGGAGGGCCCCAGACGGCGGCGUGUCAAAAGUGAGACGCUGCGGGUGAAGAAAAAGUUCGG